AUGUGUUCAUUAAGUAAUUCUAAUCCAUCAGCAGCACUUACUAAACAUAAGCACAAAGAAAUAGCACGAUAUUUAAAACGAAUUAAACAUCUACCACCAUCCCCAUUUUACUUGGCUUGCGAGAAUGGUGAUUUUGCUUACGUUGAGAAGCAACUAAAAAUGCUUUCAUCGGAUGAGCUCGAUCAAAUAGAAUCAACUGGUGAAACUUCGCUUCACAUCGCAACACGCAAUAAUCAACUUGAAAUUGUACGUCUAUUACUUGAAAAUGGCUGCAGUCGAAAUAUUUACAAUAGUUCCGGUAAAUUUCCUUAUCAAGAAGCUCGAACGAAUGAAAUGAAACAAUUAUAUGCACCGCCUAAUAUUUCUCAGUUCUUUGAAGAAAAUCCGAAAGUCUCCUAUGGUAUUUUCGUACCUUUACAGCAGAUUGGAAAAUUGGCACGACCAUACGCAACCAAUCCGAAUCAGAUUACAACAACAGGAGAUGCUAACCACAGUAAUGGCACCUCUGUCAGAGAUCAGGAAUUAAAAAGCGAACAGGAAGUUAUACAAUAUAUCACAAAUCGACAGGCAUUGGCCAUGUGGAUUAAAAUUUGUGCUUGGGUUUAUCAUAAAUGCGGUGGAGCGAUAAGAAGAGAUGAAGAAGAAGGAAAUGAUUUUGCACCAGAACUCUUUGAUCUAGAUAAUGACCGAGAUUUAGAAACUUUUUUAAAUUCUCUUGCUCCAAACGAAACUCAACCAAAUUUAAUUGUGAAACAAAGUAUUGAAAGAGAAGAAACACAAGUGUUAACCUGGAAACAACGUUUUAUGAACGUAUGCUGUUGCAAGAAUGUAAUAGCUCCUGCAUCACAGCCUUCUCAAUUGACUACCACCGAUUCUGUCCGCACUGCUCAACCAAAUCGUGAUCAUUUAAAACAUUCUUCUUUACAGAGCAUUCACGGACAAUUAGCAUGUAGUAAUAAUCCCAGAGACUUUAUUCGGGCAUCGAAGGAUUUUAACACAGUCGUUCCUCUAAUUUACUUAUAUACAAAGCAAGAACUACGAUUCUAUGCUGAGUUAAAUAAGAAUCUAGCUACCAUAGACAAUAAUCCAAAUCGAGCUGCAUCCAUAUGCGAUCGUUUCGUUCGAGAAUUUGAUUUAAGAGAAGCUGAACUUUCAAAAUUUGGCUUCAUUGGUGUAACAUAUCGAGGUACGACUAUGUCUGAAAGUGAUUUUGAACAUUACCGUCAAGCAAGUGAACAAAAUCCAAAAUGGACGAUUGUACCUCGAGCUUUUCAAUCUACAACAGUUAAACGUUCAAAAGCGAUGGAAUUUAUUGAUUUGAAGAGAACAAAAGGAAAACAUGUUGGAUUGUUAGUCUAUCAUAUUCCUGUUGCUUGUUCUACUAUAUUUUCAGUUAAAGAAAUUUCUCGAUAUCCUCAAGAAGAAGAAGUAUUGAUUAUGCCCGGUAAUCUAUUUACAAUAAUGAAGGUUACACAAUGUGUGGAUAAUCCAGAUCUACCUGAAGUCCAUUUAGAACAUGUAAAACGAGAUAUUUCAUUUUUUAAGAAAGUUCGAACAAUCUUUCGAGCAGCCACAACAACAGCUUCUGGAAUCGAUUAA